AUGGAACUGGGUCUCCUAAACACAGGUCAUGAAAUUACCUACUUAGGAGUCAUAUACAAACAAGCGGAAAGAGAAGAGUACACCAAAACGAAGAUGUUCCGCUUCUGUAUUCUUAUCCACGUCCUCGCGUACCUGCACAACACGCAGGGAAAUCUGAUCUCAAACGAUUUGACCAACGACAGGGAAAUGCUGCUAGCAUUUAUUGUCAACCGGCACGGUGAGCGGACUCCCGACAGCGACGAGUUGUCACUUUCCAACGAGAAGGAGAAGAUCAUGAACCUCACUCACAUCGAAGGCCUGGAAGGGCUCACAAAUCUUGGCAAACGCCGGGCCUAUCAAAUCGGUAAGUUUAUCAGGCAACGCUACGGCUGUCAAGGAUCAAAGAUGCUGUCAAAUAUCUAUUUCCAAGACGAGAUAUCAGUGAGGAGCACUGACAAGGAGAGAACGAAAAUGACAGCGCUGGUCGCGAUGGCGGCUGCCUACCCCCCGGAAGUGGAACAGCAGUGGGAUGAGGGCCUGGGCAAGGUCUGGCAACCGGUGCCGUACACAGCUGUGCCUUUGCGUGAAGACUAUCUGCGCUAUUACUCCAACUGCCAGAGGUUCAAAGAGCUGAUGGAAGGUGUAAAACGCGAGUCCGUCCACGAGGAGUUCACCGCCUUCAGUGACCUGAUACCACUUCUGAAGGCGCAGACGGGGCGGAAUUUCACCGACAACCCCCUAAUGUUCCAGACCCUCUUCGAUUUGUUCAGGAGUCAGGUCAGCCUUGGUAUGGACGUCCCUCAAUGGGCAAGGCCUAUUUUGGCCAGAUUGGGGGAAGCGGCAAGACUGUCCUACCGAUUAUAUUUCAAGACAGACGAAAUGAAAAGGAUCGGCGGUGGUGUCAUUCUUAACGAUUUCGUCUCGGCGGCCAAUGAGAUCGCAGCAGGAAACUACAACCAGAAGAGGCUGAGGGUGUUCUCCGCCCACGAUUUCAACAUCGGAGCAUUGAUGGAUGUCACAGGGAUCUCUAGGAGCGAGCAAACUGUACCAGAGUACGGGUCGCUAUUCGCACUCGAGCUGUAUAGGUCCAAAAUCAACGGCGAGCUCACCGUUUUACCGGUCUACCUCCCAAAGGCUGGGGAAUCCGUCGCUCAGUAUUUGCACUUCACUGGUUGCGAGAGCAGCAGCUAUUGCAGCUAUAACCGGUUCCUGGACCUUACUAAGCAGUACCUCCUCCCGGAGAAGGAAUUUUACCAAAUCUGUAACAUCAAGACUGAACUG